AAUACAUAUCGAUUACUGCUCCAACUGUCCACGCGAGAGUUUCAUAUUUUUAUUUUUACAUGCAUAUUUGUUGAUAACUGGGGCUUUUAGUGGACCGCGUUUAACUGCCAGCCAGCCAUGAGCACAAUUUUGGAGAAAAUCUCGGCCAUCGAGUCGGAGAUGGCCCGCACCCAGAAGAACAAGGCCACCUCGGCGCAUUUGGGUCUGCUGAAGGCGAAGCUGGCCAAGCUGCGACGCGAGCUGAUUUCCCCCAAAGGAGGCGGCGGCGGAACCGGUGAAGCUGGCUUCGAGGUGGCCAAGACGGGAGAUGCCCGGGUGGGCUUCGUCGGAUUUCCCUCCGUGGGCAAAUCUACCCUACUCUCCAAUCUGGCUGGCGUUUACUCCGAGGUGGCUGCCUACGAGUUCACAACUCUGACCACUGUGCCCGGCUGCAUCAAGUACAAGGGCGCCAAGAUCCAGCUGCUGGAUCUGCCCGGUAUCAUCGAGGGCGCCAAGGAUGGCAAGGGUCGUGGUCGUCAGGUGAUCGCCGUCGCACGCACCUGUAACCUCAUCUUCAUGGUGCUGGAUUGCUUGAAACCGCUCGGCCACAAGAAACUCCUGGAGCACGAGUUGGAGGGCUUUGGCAUCCGGCUGAACAAGAAACCACCAAAUAUCUACUACAAGCGGAAGGACAAAGGCGGCAUCAAUCUGAACAGCAUGGUUCCCCAGUCCGAGUUGGACACGGAUCUGGUCAAGACCAUUCUGUCCGAGUACAAGAUCCACAAUGCGGACAUUACUCUGAGAUAUGAUGCCACCAGUGACGACCUGAUCGACGUGAUCGAGGGCAACCGCAUUUACAUACCCUGCAUCUAUCUGCUGAACAAGAUCGAUCAGAUCUCCAUCGAGGAGCUGGACGUCAUCUACAAGAUCCCGCACUGCGUGCCCAUCUCGGCGCACCACCACUGGAACUUUGACGAUCUCCUGGAGCUGAUGUGGGAGUACCUGCGGCUGCAGCGGAUCUACACCAAGCCCAAGGGCCAGCUGCCCGACUACAACUCACCCGUGGUGCUUCACAACGAGCGGACCAGCAUCGAGGACUUCUGCAACAAGCUGCAUCGCUCCAUUGCCAAGGAGUUCAAAUAUGCGCUGGUUUGGGGUUCAUCCGUGAAGCAUCAGCCGCAGAAGGUGGGCAUCGAACACGUUCUUAACGACGAGGAUGUGGUGCAGAUUGUGAAGAAGGUCUAGACUCUGUGAAACGGUUACACUCUGAUUAUUAGAUGGCAUUUUUUAUUCAAAAAUAAAAAACGAACGUGCUUUAGUUCUUCUUGAAUUCAUAA